AUGCGUGAGGUCGAUCCGCUCGUUCUCGAAUAUCAACAUGAAAAUCGCCGGCCACGAGAAGCGGAAGCGCUUCAAAUACUACGAAAAGUGGCAUCCCUCGUAAAACCCAUCAUGAGGCAACGAAGCUGGAGAGUUGGCACGUUGUGUGAAUUCUAUCCGCACCAGCGAAAUUUACUUGGCCUCAAUGUUAAUGCUGGUCAGAAGAUCUGUUUGCGACUACGAUAUCCAACAGAUGAGCGCCAGUUUUUGCCUCUUGAGCAGGUUGUUGAUACCAUGUUACAUGAGUUAUGUCAUAUUGUGCAUGGACCUCAUAAUCGCGAAUUCCACGCUCUUUGGAACCAGCUCCGUGACGAACACGAAGAACUUAUCAGGAAGGGUUACACCGGAGAGGGUUUCCUCUCGGAAGGGAAACGCCUUGGAGGUCGUAGAAUCCCCCUUGACGAAGCUCGGCGGCUGGCUCGUCUUGCUGCAGAGAGACGGCGAACACUCUCAGCUGGUUCUGGACAGAAGCUAGGGGGUGCACCGUUGCUCAGAGGAUCAGAUGUGCGCAAAGUUAUUGCGGACGCCGCACAAAGACGUAUUGAUGUGACCAACGGAUGCGCCUCGGGUUCUGGCGAGAGUGAAAAGUUGGCUGAAGAAGCAUCUAGAAAUGGUUUCCGUACUAAGGCUGAGGAGGACGAUGCGAAUGAAAGAGCUAUCAUGCAGGCAUAUAUUGAAAUGAUUCAAGAAGAUGAGAGGGAGAAAUACGGAUCGUCAUAUGUCCCCCCUAGCCAGCAGAACCCAGCCGGGCCUCGGAGCAAUGUCUACCCGAAGUCAAUACGACCACCUCCAGUUCCAAUGAAUACGAAACCUUUGAAGCGAUUUUCUAGUUCGGGGACACUAUCUGGCAUAGCUAGUGGUUUCGAACAGCCUGUCAACCAUAAAGACGGGAAAGAGGAUGAUGCUUGGAGUUGCCAAAUCUGCACCCUCGAAAAUCCACCAACAUACCUUUGUUGCGAUGCUUGUGGUACUGAACGUCCAGCUCCCUCACUAACAGCCCAGUCUCGACUUGUAGCAGACCCCAAGAAGGCUUCCACGGGGAGAAAAGUAUCCAAGCCUCGGAGCCGUCUAGCCUCAGAGGUCGUGACCGAUAGGGAUGCUAGUCGAGUGCUCUCUUUGAAGAGUAACACUUCGGAAAGAAUUGCUAGCCUGGAGAGAUCUCAGGUCAAGAAACCGCUUGGCUGGCUUUGUCAUGUAUGUGGAGCCUUUAUGGAGACUGAAUGGUGGACAUGCUCGGCUUGCGGGACAAUGAAAACUACUUCAUGA